AAUACUAUAUGCACUUCUUUGAUGUCUGACCACAAUGAGUGGGUUAGUGUACAAGCUAGCUAGGAGAAAGAAAAGCAACAUUUUGGCAACUACAUUCAAUUAGUUGUUCCAGUUUUCUAAUAACUUAUUGAUAGCAGAUAAGAAAAGAAAAUACUGGAAUUGAAGCUAUAAUGGUGAAUCAACGCACUUUGAAGGUGACAUUGUUAUUUGUUUUGCUUGACAGUAUCGCAGUGCUAGUGCUAUGGUAUUUCGCAAGCUUACACUUAAGGGCGAACAUGACUGAGCAAGCCAAUGUUAUUGAAUACUCAAAGGAGGUAACGACUGAACAGGUCAAUGCUAUUGAAAGAAGACUCUCCACGGCGGUUACAACUAAAAUUGCACCAACACGCUUUAUCUAUUUAACACAAACAGAAAAAUGUAUUCCAACUUAUCUAAAGUCUCCCAAUAUGAUUGGUGACUCUGAAGCAUGUCAGUGUGAUGUCAUCAUCCUCAGUUACAAAAAUAAGUGCGCUGACACGUCAAUGCCUCAUGUCCAAUACAUAUUCAACUCUAGUAAGUCUAUAACCUGGACUACUGGAAGAAACUUGCUUUACAAAGCAGCCAAGGAAAGAAAAGAAAAGUACAUCUACUACAUUUUCAUGGACGACGAUGUUACACUUAUACCGGUGGAUAAAAUAAGUACACAGAAUCUAUGGAGGAUGUACGAAGAAUCUCUCAAGAUCUUUCAACCCGCUGUAGUUAUCAUCCUUGAUGAUUCCGGGCGAAGUAAGUUCCCUAAAGAAAUUAUUUCCGAGCGAUCGAAUUGUGAACUCACAAGAUACAUACAAAUAUAUAGAAUAGAUGGCCUCUUUAUUGCCUAUCACUAUCAAGCGAUAGACUACAUACUUCCAUACGAACCAAAGUACGAUUCAGUGAGCUGGUGGUACUCACAAGAGUAUACAAACGUUAGGUUAAAUAUCCGGCUUAAUGGACAGGUAGUUAUUGACCCUCGUUUUAGAACACCCAACCCAAAACAUCGCAAGUACGUACAGAAAUAUCCUAGUCAGGAUGCUUUCAAUAAUUUUGUCUCUGACAUUCGAUCAGAAGAACCAGAAAAGUAUCGAAACUCAGUUGAGCCUAUUUUACAGCAAUGGUUGACGAAUAUUGACUCAAAGUUUAUAUUGGGCCAACAGACAUGCAAACGUGACUUGUCUAUACGUCCAUAUAGACCUUACGAGAAUCUGGCUUAAAAAAUUAACUUGCACUGAUACAAACUGACAUUCGUUUACCAAAAUUUGAUUUUAUACAUGAUUGUACUAUAGACCCUUUUUAGUGGUGUAAUGUUUCUGUUGUGUUUGUGUUCGUAAUUUUCAGGGCUCUCAGGUAACUAAUUCAA